AUGAAAGUCACCAUCAGAUUAUCUACGGAAACUUCUUUCACUGUUACCAUCCCAGAUAACUCAACUGUUGAAGAUUUGAAAAACUCCGUUAAAGUUGGUUUGCCUCCAAAUGUUAAUGUGCCCACUGAUUUUAAAUUAAUCUUUAAUGGUAAGAAAUUACAACCUUAUUAUACUGAUUUACAAUCUUUUGGAUUAUCUUCAGAUCAAGACAAUACCAAUACUGUUAUUUUGAUGGCUGAUUCAACCGAUACUCCUCCAAUAACGCCUCAACCUUCAAUGGAAUCACUCAAUACCACUGCUUCUACUACAACCACUUCACCAGUAAAGAAAACAAAAAAGAAAAACAAGUGUUCUUUCAAAACUUGUAAUUCUGCCCCUUUAAGAAUGGUGGGUACUUGUACUCAUUGUCAAGGCAAAUUCUGUGCCAAACAUAGAUUAUUGGAAGAUCAUUUAUGUACUAAUUUACAAUAUUGUAAAGAUAAUGCUCAUGAAAAGAAUGCCAUGAAAUUACAAAGUGAACGUACUAUUAUUAAUAGAGUAUGA